UGGUUGGAUCUUUCCGCUACCCUUUCUCUCGGCGGUGGGUCGGAGCCGCUGUCCCUGUCCUCGCAUGUUCCCCUCUAAAUUCCUGUUUUGAAUUUGAUGCCCCCCGUUGUAAAUUUGCUCCAUUCGCGACGCCUUUGAGAGGUCACAGUCGGGCGUCCGUACACCGGUGUUUUGUUUUGUUUCGUCCACGUAUUUUUUUGGCGUUUAGAGGCUUUCCCCUGAAGAUGGCCGUGGUGAGCGGAUCGUCUGGGCCGGUCGCCCGGCUCGAGGGCCGUGAGUUCGAGUACAUGAUGAAGAAGCGCUCGGUGACCAUCGGCAGGAACUCGUCUCAGGGCUCCGUGGACGUCAGCAUGGGCCACUCCAGCUUCAUCUCCCGACGGCACCUGGAGAUAUUCACCGCCAGCGACGACGGCACCGGCAGCGGAGACUUCUACCUGAGGUGUCUCGGCAAAAACGGGGUGUUUGUAGACGGUGUGUUCCUCCGACGGGGCGCCCCUCCUCUGCAGCUGCCGCGAAUGUGCACUUUCAGGUUCCCCAGCACAAACAUCAAGAUCACGUUCACAGCCUUGUCCAGUGGGAAGAAGGUGAAGCGUGAAGCACCAGAGUCCCCAGUGAAACCAGUACAGCCCCAGAUCUCCCCGCUGACCAUCAACAUUCCAGACAACAUCGCUCACCUAAUGAGCCCCCUGCCAUCGCCCACUGGCACCAUUAGUGCUGCUAACUCGUGCCCCUCCAGUCCGCGGGGUGCCGGCUCUUCAGGCUACAGGAUGGGGGGUCGUAUGGUCAGCUCUGCAGAGCUGCAGCUCAUAAACGACAACUCCCAGCCUGAGAAUGACAAAGAGGCCUCAGGGGGGGACAGUCCCAAGGAUGACUCUAAACCUCCAUACUCCUAUGCACAGUUGAUCGUCCAAGCCAUAACGCUGGCUCAGGACAAGCAGCUCACACUAAACGGAAUAUACACCCACAUCACAAAGAACUACCCCUACUACAGGACUGCAGACAAGGGCUGGCAGAACUCAAUCCGUCACAAUCUGUCCUUGAACCGCUAUUUCAUCAAAGUGGCCCGGUCGCAGGAAGAACCGGGCAAAGGUUCCUUCUGGAGGAUAGACCCGUCCUCAGAGAGCAAGCUCAUCGAACAGGCCUUCAGGAAACGAAGGCCCCGGGGUGUUUUUAGGACCCCCCACGGACCCCUCUCCUCCAGGAGCGCCCCGGCCUCUCCCAAUCACUCGGGGGUGCUCUCUGCCCACUCCAGUGGUGUGCAGACCCCUGACAGCCUAUCACGGGAGGGCUCCCCUGUUCCCAUGGAGCUGGAGGCUGCCCCCGCUCCCGCCCCCGCCCCUCCCUCCGCCACGGCGGUCCAGCCCAAACUGGCCGUCAUCCAGGAAGCACGCUUUGCACAAAACACACCAGGCUCGCCUGUCAGCAACCAGCCGGUACUCAUAGCAGUCCAGCGCCAGUUACCUCAAACCAUCAAGCCAGUGACCUACACCAUGGCCUCGCCAGUGACCACCAGCACCUCCCAGCCGGCCGUCCAGGCUGUCCACGUCCUGCAGCAGAUCCCGGCAGGGUCCCUCAGCCCCGCGGUGAUCACCCAGCCAGCCACCAUCAUCCCCAAGAGCGAGCCACUGGAGAACGGAGAGCACACAGAGGCCAAAGUGAAAGUAGAGCCCGUUCCGACCAUCACCCAUGCCUCUAUAUGCGGCUCCAGUCGCAUCAUCCAGAGCUCCCAGUCAGCCACGCCCCUGCAGACUGUUACCAUAGUGCAGCAGGCCCCUGUGGGCCAGCACCAGCUGCCUGUGAAGACCAUCACACAGAAUGGCACCCACAGCAUCACCACUGCCAUCCAGGGACAGGCCAACUCAGCCCCGGCUGUUGCCAGUCCCCUCCACCUGCUGGCGACCCACGCCUCGGCCUCGGCCUCCCUCCCCACCAAGCGGCAGAACGGGGACCAGACAGCCAGCGAACAGCCAGACGCCAAGCGCAUCAAGUCAGACGACGAAGAGGUUCCCAACCAGACCCCAGCCACUGCAGCAGACUCGGACUCGUCGGCAGCUAACGACCAGGGCGGCCACCUCAACUAAGUCUUACUUACCCAACCACACGCCACGCAACCCCGCACCCUUCUCUAGGUUUUUCUCUGGUUUCCUCCUUCCAUGGUUUUUCUCUCGUUUGCCAUUGUUUCGUUUCCUUUGUCCUCCUACCAUCGACUCCCAAGGUGCCAAACGGAGAGGAUUUCUUUCUUUUUCUUUUUCUUUUUCUUUUUUUUUUUUUUUUUCUUUUCAGUUUGGGUUAUCUAUUCUAGAGCAUCAGGGGGUAAAAAAAAAUGUCCACCCCUUUAAAGACUGGAAAUAGAAAGUGGUUUAAGAAUGAAAUGGGGGGGAAAAAAAGUUGAAAUGGGACAACGAAACUCAACUGAAAGGUGUCCCCUGUGAGACAGUGCCGCUGAAAUAGGAGGGUGACUAAACUAAGACCACAGGAAGCCUUAACAACAAUUAACCCUUAAGAGCUGACCUUUGACCUCAAGCGGCCCGACGGGGAAGGGCCUUCUUCAUCCCGGGCUGGACGCCAUGUUUCUGUCUUAUCUACCUCAGUGCAGACUGGGGGCUGUGGCAGCCAGCGGACCCAUCCUCCCUGGACCCCUAAGGGUCGGCUCUGGAUAAAAUGACCAACCGAGCAGCAUGACGAGCAUUUUUCUUUUUGUUUUUUUCUUUUCUUUUAAACAUGACACGGUCAACAAUGAGCGCAUUAAGAAAGGGAUCAAAACAACUCGGAGCCAAUAUUCCUGAACCUUUGGCAGCUAGCCUUUCAUAAUACUGACCUUCCUUUAUCGCAGCUGUACGUAGAUAUGCAGUAUUUUGUUGUUCAUAUGUGGAGCAUAGGAUUUUUUUUUCUUAUUUUCACUUAUAUAGAUAAGUAAUAAUUUAAUUAAAGGAGACAUACAAACGGUGAGGUCAGUGACAUUUCCGUGACUUGAGCUAAGUUUAGAAAUCUUAACUUUUUUUUGUUUUGUUUAUUUUAUUUUAUUUUAUUUUUCAUGUGGUCUUCCUUUCUGUUCGGUGCAACAGUGUAGUUUCUUAAUGAUACUCAGUAACUUGAGUAUUUGUUUCCUUCUCCCCCUUUCAGAUCCUUGUUCUGUCAUAUCCAUAUGAAAUUGCUUCAUUAUACCUACAUAUUUUAAUACUUGCACAGAUAACCAAUAUGAUAUAAGCAUAUGAACUCUCCAUGUGUAGUUUCAGAUGUCUCCUUGACCUUGCAUGUAUCGGACAUGAGAAAAGUACCUGAGUUGUUAACUGUAAAUUGAACAGAGGAAAAGACCUGCUUUAUCCAAACCAGACCUGCACUUGAUUAAAUGUUUGUGUUUUUUUUUUAUUUUUUAUUUUAUUUUCUUGCCCUUUUUUCGUUCCCCCCCCCCACCCCACCCUUCUUUUCCUUGUUACCCCUGGCUGUGUUGACUUUGUGGUGUUGGCAGACCCUUUGCUUGAUUAUUUUACUCUGUUCUGGCGACCUGGCGAGUCUGUUCAGAUUGUACACGUUCCAAACAAUAGUAAAGAAAAAUCGAUUGAUGUUUGUUCUGCUUCAGUGGAGAAAUGCUUUUUUAAUAAAUUAAUUUAAAACCUUU